UGUGGAAAGAGAGGGAUCGCCAUCAGCUUGGACUUCCAGGGACCUUUCUUUUCAGGAAGAAAUUUAAUAUUAAUUAGAAACGCCUCUAGAAGAUUCACUACUGCAUUGUAGACAGGGUGCAAACCCAGGAAGGACCGGGAUGGGAAUCCUAUAUUCUGAGCCCAUCUGCCAGGCAGCCUACCAGAACGACUUGGGGCAAGUGUGGCGCUGGGUGAAAGAAAGCAACCAUUAUGUGGAUAUUCAAGAUGGCUUCAAUGGCGAUACUCCCCUCAUCUGUGCCUGUAGGCGGGGGCACCUGAGAAUUGUCUCCUUCCUUUUAAGGAGAAAUGCUGACGUCAACCUCAAAAACUUGAAGGGGAGAACCUGCUUGCACUACGCUGUGAAGAAGAGAUUUACCUUCUUUGAUUAUCUGCUCAUUAUUCUUUUGAUGCCUGUUUUGCUAAUUGGAUAUUUCCUCAUGAUAUCAAAGACAAAACAGAAUGAGACUCUUGUACGGAUGCUCCUCAAUGCUGGGGUUGAAGUUAAUGCUACUGACUGCUACGGCUACACCGCCCUGCACUAUGCCUGCCAGAUGAAAAACCAGACUCUCAUCCCUCUGCUUCUGGAAGCCCGUGCAGACCCCACGAUAAAGAACAAGCAUGGUGAGAGUUCACUGGAUAUCGCACAGAGACUAAAAUUUUCCCAGAUUGCAAUAAUGCUAAAGAAAGCCUCAUAGCCCUGUGGCUUCUCAUGUGGUGACAGAGACA